AUGAAUUACAAACCGAACCUGAAGAUGGAUAGUACUUCUGGCUCGUUUAAGAAAUAGGAGUAGACCCUGUCUCUCGAAAGCACGUAGAAAUUAGAAUAUAAUGCAAUCAAUUUAAAACCUAAUUUUGCUUGUAAACCUGCUUUUAACAUUCGCAACAGUUCUCCUCAACUUUAAGAAUAAGAACCAUUGUUAAUAAAUACAAAGGAUGAUUUCUCUAAAACAGGAUCAUUUUAAGAGAAAAUCCCAUUGAAGGAUAGAAUCUAACGAUCAGACGAAAAGAAAAACACUGCUCCAAUUUCCAAAGGACUAUAUCUUCCUGGCUAAGAGGAGCUCUUUAAGAAAUAAAUCUAGGUUGAGAAGAAGGAGAUACAAUCACAUCAAGAAAAAAAAGAAGUCCCAUCUGGAAAGCCUGUUUAAGCAGAAUAAUACAUGCCAUCCAUUGGGUAGUAAUCGAACAAAAGAGAGGCAGCCUUAUUAGGUUCUAAAAAUCCAAUAGAAAAUAAAUUAGCAGUCGCAAACCAAGAUAGAGUGCUCUAAUAACUUGAGGAAGCAGAACCUAUUGAAGAUCUAGAAUUAAUCCCUUGUCCUGAAGGAUGUGGAAGAUAAUUUAAAUAGGAUGCUUUGGAGAAACAUGUAAAGGUCUGUAAACAAGUUUUCCAAUAGAAAAGACAAGAAUUCAAUUCAAAAUAAGCUAGAGUUGUUACAAACGAUUAGCAAAAAUUAUAGCGUUAAGGAUAAAUUAAAGAAAAAUAAUUAUAAAAGAAAUAAGGAAAAGCUCCUUUAGAUCCUAAUUGGAAAAAACAAUCAGAAGAAUUACGUAAUCUAAUAAAAGAAUCCAAGCAAUAACAAUGAUUAUUUUAUCAUUAAUAUUACAAUCAAGUCCCUUCAUUAUUUAUCA